AGGACUCCAUCUGCAGAUGUUCUGAAUACCUCUGAGUCUAGAAAUUGAUUAUUCAACCAGGAUACCUAAUUCAAGACUGCCAGAACUCAGGAGAGUGAGACAUUUUGCCAGUUUUGAGACAUUGGACCAAAUACAAUGAAGUAUUCUUGCUGUGCUCUGGUGCUGGCUGUCCUGGGCACAGAAUUGCUGGGAAGCCUGUGUUCAACUGUCAGAUCCCCGAGGUUCAGAGGACGGAUACAGCAGGAACGAAAAAACAUUCGACCCAACAUUAUCCUGGUGCUGACUGAUGAUCAGGACGUGGAGCUGGGGUCCCUGCAGGUCAUGAAUAAGACAAGGAAGAUUAUGGAGCAUGGGGGGGCCACCUUCACCAAUGCCUUUGUGACCACGCCUAUGUGCUGCCCGUCCCGGUCGUCCUUGCUCACCGGGAAGUAUGUGCACAACCAUAAUGUCUACACCAACAAUGAGAACUGCUCUUCGCCCUCCUGGCAGGCCAUGCACGAACCUCGGACCUUCGCUGUAUAUCUUAACAACACUGGCUACAGAACAGCCUUUUUUGGAAAAUACCUCAAUGAAUAUAAUGGCAGCUACAUCCCUCCUGGGUGGCGAGAAUGGCUUGGAUUAAUCAAGAAUUCUCGUUUCUAUAAUUACACUGUUUGUCGAAAUGGCAUCAAAGAAAAGCAUGGAUUUGAUUAUGCAAAGGACUACUUCACAGACUUAAUCACUAACGAGAGCAUUAAUUACUUCAAAAUGUCUAAGAGAAUGUAUCCCCAUAGGCCCAUUAUGAUGGUGAUCAGCCACGCUGCGCCCCACGGCCCCGAGGACUCGGCCCCACAGUUUUCAAAACUGUACCCCAAUGCCUCCCAACACAUAACCCCUAGUUAUAACUAUGCACCAAAUAUGGAUAAACACUGGAUUAUGCAGUACACGGGACCAAUGCUGCCCAUCCACAUGGAAUUUACAAAUGUUCUACAGCGCAAAAGACUUCAGACUUUGAUGUCAGUAGAUGAUUCUGUGGAAAGGCUGUAUGACAUGCUCGUGGAGACAGGGGAGCUGGAUAACACUUAUGUCAUUUACACCGCUGACCAUGGCUACCAUAUUGGGCAGUUUGGACUAGUCAAGGGGAAAUCCAUGCCAUAUGACUUCGAUAUCCGCGUGCCUUUCUUUAUUCGUGGUCCAAGCAUAGAACCGGGAUCAACAGUCCCACAGAUUGUUCUCAACAUCGACCUGGCCCCUACCAUCCUGGAUAUUGCUGGGCUCGACACGCCUCCUGAUGUGGAUGGCAAAUCUGUCCUCAAACUUCUAGACCCAGAAAAGCCAGGAAACAGGUUUCGAACAAACAAGAAGGCCAAAAUUUGGCGAGAUACAUUCCUAGUGGAAAGAGGCAAAUUUCUACGAAAGAAGGAAGAAUCUGGCAAAAAUAUCCAACAAUCAAAUCACUUGCCUAAAUAUGAGCGAGUCAAGGAACUGUGCCAGCAGGCCAGGUACCAGACAGCCUGUGAGCAGCCUGGGCAGAAAUGGCAGUGCAUUGAGGACACAUCUGGGAAGCUUCGAAUUCACAAGUGUAAAGGGCCCAGUGACCUGCUCACCGUCCGGCAGAGCACGCGGAACCUCUACUCUCGCGGUUUCCAUGACAAGGACAAAGAGUGCAGUUGCAGAGAGUCUGGUUACCGAGCCAGCAGAAGCCAGAGGAAGAGUCAGAGGCAGUUCCUGAGAAACCAGGGGACUCCAAAGUACAAGCCCCGAUUUGUCCAUACCCGGCAGACACGCUCCUUGUCUGUUGAAUUUGAAGGAGAAAUAUAUGACAUAAAUCUGGAAGAAGAAGAAUUGCAAGUGUUGCAGCCAAGGAGCAUUGCCAAGCGUCACGACGAAGGCCACAGGGUGUUGGGAGGCCGCCAGGCCGCUGGCGGUGGCAACGGGGAUGAGCUGCUGGCAGACAGCAGCAAUGCCGUGGGCCUACCAACCACCGUCCGCGUGACACACAAGUGUUUUAUUCUUCCAAAUGAUACAAUCCAUUGUGAGAGAGAACUGUAUCAGUCAGCCAGAGCCUGGAAGGAUCAUAAGGCAUACAUUGAUAAAGAGAUUGAAGUUCUGCAAGAUAAAAUUAAGAAUUUGAGAGAAGUGAGGGGACACCUAAAGAGAAGAAAGCCCGAGGAAUGUAGCUGCAGUAAGCAGAGCUAUUACAAUAAAGAAAAAGGUGUAAAAAGACAAGAGAAAUUGAAGAGCCAUCUUCACCCCUUCAAGGAGGCUGCUCAAGAAGUUGACAGCAAACUGCAACUUUUCAAGGAGAACCGCCGGAGAAAGAAGGAGAGGAAGGAGAAGAAACGCCAGAGAAAGGGGGAGGAGUGCAGCCUACCUGGCCUCACCUGCUUCACCCACGACAACAACCACUGGCAGACGGCCCCUUUCUGGAACUUGGGAUCUUUCUGCGCUUGUACCAGUUCUAACAAUAACACCUACUGGUGUUUGCGGACAGUGAAUGAGACACAUAAUUUUCUUUUCUGUGAGUUCGCCACUGGCUUUCUGGAGUACUUUGAUAUGAAUACAGAUCCUUAUCAGCUCACAAACACCGUGCACACAGUAGAACGAGGCAUUUUGAAUCAGCUACAUGUACAGCUAAUGGAGCUCCGCAGCUGUCAAGGGUAUAAACAGUGCAACCCAAGACCGAAGGGCCUGGAAAUUGGAAAUAAAGAUGGAGGAAGCUAUGACCCACACAGAGRACAGUUAUGGGACGGAUGGGAAGGUUAAUCUGCCCAGACUCACGGCAGCCAUGAGCUGGCAAGGCCCGGAGGAACUAUACAGUGUGAACGAAAACAUCUAUAGGUACAGACUCAACUAUAGACGUAGUCUGGUGGACUGGACUAAUGACUUGAAGGGUAUAGAUGGAGUAUUUGCACUGCUGAACAGUCACUCUGAGCAGAAAACUGAACAGUCACUCUGAGCAGACGAAAACUGCUCAAGGUGAUGGGUUCCUGAUUGUCUCUGCUGAGCUCUCUACGCCAGUGGAUAUGGCCUCUGCAGAGUCAGAUGAAGGCCUAAGUCGCACAGUUGGGGAAGAACCUCGUUUGACCUUGCCAGCCAAACCUUCAGACCCUGCAUUUGAACCAACCAACAUUAAGUCUAGAGAGUAAACUUGAACAGAAUAAUGACAUUCCAGAAGUGAAUUGUUUGAAUUCUGAACACUGGAGAAAUGGUAAAACUGAAAAAUGGAUGGGGAAUGAAGAGGUCACUCCUUUCUGAAAGUGAUUUCAGUAGCCAUGGUGUGACAGAGUUGGUGCACCAGCCCUACCCCCAGGCUGCAGCCCAUAUCAGCAGGCAUCAGAAAGAACUUCCCCAGGAUGCUGGUCCAGGAGAAGAUGUUUUUGACCAUCAGUUUUAUCUUCCUGUGCAUUCUGUGGAGCCUCUGUCCAUCAGACCUUCAACAUGUCCAUCAUGGACCAGUCCAUUCAUUCCAGCAGAGCAGAGAAGAAUCACACAAAGGAGAGCUUACAAUCUAGAAGGCAGUGCCUGCUUUCCACUCUUCCGAUUAGAUGAAACUAUUACCUUAUCCUAAAUGCAGUAUUUUUUUUAACUUUUUAUUAGUAAACUAAUAAGGGCAAUCAUAGCUACCAACAUUCCAAGCAGCCCUGGGUACCUUUGUGCAGGAAGAGUUAGUGUGCAAGUGUUGUGCACACAGGGACUCAUCAGAAUUCAUUAUUUGMCAAGAAUAGAAAGAAAGGUUGGGGCUUUUUUUCUGUUUGGUUUUCGUUUUGGUACUAAGCCAGUAUUAUCUUUUGAGCAUUAUAGGGACAUGCAUAUGUAAAUGUUACCCAGUCAAAAUGGCUAAAACUGUGCCUUUCCAAGCUUCUAAAACCAACACCCUUGGCGACAUUGUGCUGCCAGCAUAAGGAAGUUUUGAUUCAUUUUGAGCCACUGGAAUUUUUCAGUGCCAUCAUUGUGGAUUCAAUUAUCUUGCACUUUGAGAUUGGAAUGCCAUGUGUAUUUGGUGCAUUUAAUUUGUUUUACAGAUGUAUCACAGACACCCUGUUUGCUCUCAGUGUGAUGCAGUCAAAUAGAUCCCCCAGGAUGACACACAGUAUGGAUCACAUAUUGUUUAACAUGCUUUUGCCAGAAAAUAUUGCAUGUGUUUUACCUCGACUUGCUAAAAUUGAUUAGCAGAAAGACGUGGCUAAUAAUGUUGGUGGUAAAAAUAAACAAAUAAAUAAAUAAAUAAAACAAGAUUGCCUGCUCUGUCUGCAUCUGGCUCAAGCUGUCCACUGUAUGCUUAAUAAGGUUGCUAAAUUGUGGUUAUUUUCUUGACAGGAAAAAAAGGACUAAAGACCUUUUAUUUCCAUCUGCAUUUUGUUUUCUUGGCCUGGUUAAUAAGCUUAAGCAUUUGAAAAAAUUAUGUGUAGUUUUGAACUUAUGUAACGAAUUUUCUCCAAUAAACAAAAAUCAUCAAUGUCUCAUAAUUUAAACAGACCAUAAGGGAGGUUAACUUUAUAACAUUGUGUUAUAUAACUUUUUAAGACCAUCGCCAAGUUCUGGUUUUGUUUAAGGAUAUAGUUCAAAAUUGCUUCUGAAGAACUCUGUACUCUUGCAAAUAUUCUUGUUUCGUAUUAGAUUUUUAAAUUCCAGCAAAAGGAUUACCUCAUCGGAGUCAUCAGAGCCCAUUCAACUUCCCAAGAAGGUUUUGUUUGUUGUUUGUUUAGCUUAACAGUGAUUUUCUUUUUAUUUUUAGAUAAUUCAAGCAUUUAGGUAAAUUAUGUUUCUUUUAAGUGUUCAAGGUAAACUCUUUAAAAAAUUUAACAUGUUAUAGUUGAAUCUUUGGUAACUUUAAGUCUUAAUCAUAGACUCUGUACAUAUGUUAAAAUUAACUAGCUGUUUAUCAGAUGUGUGUCAUUGGCCGAAUGACAGAAUAAACAUAUUUAUGGUCAUGAAUGAUGUGCUUUGUAAAAAAGAUUCCAAGAUAUUAGGAAGCAUACUGUGUUUUUUUUUAAUCCUGUAUAAUACUCUGUGAUACUUUUAUAGAACAAUUCUGGCUUCAGGAAAGUCUAGAAGCAAUAUUCUUGAAAUAAAAGGUGUUUGAACUUUAA